AUGCAUAUUCACUUAACAUCGGCUCUCAAUCGUAUUCAGUUUGCUUUAAAUCGUGGAGAAUGGCACAACGUUUGAUAUAUUUGUCCAUUCUGUGUGGACUUCCUUUGUACACAGUGAAUUGUUUGACACCUAACGAAACUAGCCCCAAUGUUGCGCCAUUUAUAAACUAUCUUUGUGAUGAUGAUUUAUUAAAAAGCUCGGUCAACAAGGUGGAGCAACUGAGCCUCAAGUUAGAAAAUUAUAAUCUACGCAUGCAAAGUGAGUUAAUGGCAAUGAAGGAGCAACUUUUACGUGAACAGAAAACGAACCUUGAAUUAUUUGAAUUGAAAAUUACAACAAACAUCCGUACAUUAAUCGAACAAAAUACGAAAAUGUCUUCAAGUAAUGACGAAAGCAAAAAUUUGGAGACAGCUCACCAUGUGACCAAGAAGCCCUCUUCUUGUACUGAAGCUAUGCGUAAGGAAAACGGCAAAUAUGCAGAAAGCGGCGUUUAUGAAAUUCACUUGCCACAAUUCUUCCAACGCCCUUUCGAAGUUUAUUGUCUUUUUGAUCCUAAUAACGGCCAACCAUGGACUAUAAUUCAACGUCGACAAAGCAACGACACCGACUUCUAUCGUGACUGGUCUGAGUAUGAACACGGUUUCGGUGAUUUGAAUGCGAAUUACUUUCUCGGUUUGGAUAAAAUACAUGCCAUUACUCAUUCGCAAGCACAUGAACUCCGGUUUGAAUUAGAGGAUUUUAAAAACGAGACGCGAUUUGCUAAGUACGAUAGUUUCGCUAUUAGCAAUGCUCAGGAUAAAUAUGAAUUGACUGUUCUGGGACAAUAUUUAGGUACAGCAGGUGAUUCGUUCACUUAUCAUCGUGGUGAAAAGUUCACCACAAAAGAUAGUGAUAAUGACAAAGACGAUAAAAAUUGUGCGGUGGAGUAUACGGGAGCUUGGUGGUAUAAGAGUUGUCAUUACAGCAAUCUGAACGGUCUAUAUUUGGGUGGAGAAGUCCCGAGUGCUCAGUUAGGUAAAGGUGUGGUGUGGUAUACCUGGCAUGGAAGUCUUUACUCAUUGAAAUAUGUACAUAUGGCGAUAAGGCCAAAGUAUUAUUACUUAAAUACCUUCCUUAAUAAUUGAAAUUGUUUGCAUAAAUAUUGUACAAAGAAAA